AUGGCAGACUUGUUGUGGUGGGCAGAGGCCCUGACCAUAUGGAAUGGGAAGUCAUUCUUCCUGGUGGAUGAGUGGACGCCAGCCCCCGACAUGCAACUACAGACUGAUGCCAGCGGCACUCACGGUUAUGGUGCCUUCUACAACGGCCGGUGGCUGAGAGGAGAGUGGACAGGCCAGAACGAGAACGAGAACAUUGAGUUCAAAGAAAUGACUCUUCAGCCUCGAUCUGUCCGUGUCUACAUGUCGGCAAUCCGCAACCUUCAAGUGGAACUUGGCUUUGCUUACCCGUCGGGCCCAACAACUCUCCUCGCUAGGGUCCUGCGGGGCAUCGACAGGUCGUCAUCGACACAGCGUCAUCGUCUGCCGAUAACCACUCCACUUCUCAGGGAGAUCUGCCGGCAUGUUGCCGUUCCACGCAUGCGGCACCCUCACGACAAGGCCAUGCUAAGGGCAGCUUUUUCCUUGGCGUUUCAUGGGUUCUUCCGUUGUGGAGAACUGACUGCUGGCCUGAGGCGAUGUGAUGUGACGAUCAGUACUGACCAGCGGUCGUUAUCGGUAAACGUGCGCUCAUCUAAGACGGACCCCGACAGCACGGGCCACACAGUAUUGGUUGGAGCCAGCACGGACACACCGAUCUACCCAGUGCAGGCCAUGGCAAACUACCUGGCGUUUCGCCCCGGCGGCGACCAUCUGUUCACUUAUGCUAAUGGCCAGCCGCUUACAAAAAAUGCAGUGUCCUCUGAACUGCGCAACCUGCUGCCACUCUGUGGGGUCACGGACCCGAGUGCUUAUGCCAGUCACUCUUUCCGGAUUGGCGCCGCAACAUCAGCGGCCAUGGCAGGUGUCCCCGAACACAUCAUCCGUAUCAUGGGUAGAUGGCGCAGUGAUGCGGUCCACCGCUACAUCCGGGCUGCUACAGCUGACACCCUGCGAGUGUCACGUCAAUUAGCUGCAGUUCAAAGUCAUCAAUGGUAG